GCUCUCUGUCAACUUUUUGUCUUUGUGGAUCGGUACCAGAGUCCCCGAAGUUAGACGCAUCUUUUACUGGGACGAAUAAGAGGACAGCAGCUGCUUCAAGAUGAAGUGUCAAAGAGUCCUCACUUACCUGAGGAUAUUUGGGACCACCAUGUUCGGCGUGUCUCUCCUGGUGGGCAUCUCUACAGCCUAUAUCAUGGGCUACCAGUUUUUCACUACAUCCCAAAAUCACCUGUCCUUUGGCCUGUAUGGUGCCAUUCUGGUUGUUCACCUCAUUAUCCAGAGCCUCUUUGCACUCUUAGAACACCGCAAUAUGCGGCGCUCCUUAGAGACUCCAAUCAAACUGAACAAGUCCUUGGCGUUGUGCAUUGCUGCGUAUCAAGAGGACCCCAACUACCUUAGGAAAUGCCUUGUGUCAGUGAAGAGGCUGACAUAUCCAGGGAUCAAAGUGAUCAUGGUGAUCGAUGGAAAUUCAGAUGAUGACUUGUACAUGAUGGAGAUUUUUAAGGAGGUCAUGGGAUCGGACAGAUCGGCCACGUACGUGUGGAGGAGUAACUUUCACAAUAGAGGACCCGAGGAGACGGAUGAGAGCUACGCUGAGAGCCUUCAGCAAGUGUCCAGGAUUGUGCUGAACAACAAAUGUGUGUGCAUCAUGCAGAAGUGGGGAGGGAAGAGAGAGGUCAUGUAUACAGCCUUCAAAGCACUGGGGAGGAGCGUGGAUUACGUGCAGGUAUGUGAUUCUGACACCAUGCUGGACCCAGCAUCAUCAGUGGAGAUGGUGAAGGUUUUGGAGGAAGACCCUAUGGUAGGAGGAGUUGGAGGAGAUGUACAGAUCUUAAAUAAAUAUGAGUCGUGGAUCUCCUUCCUGAGCAGUGUUCGGUACUGGAUGGCCUUCAACAUUGAGCGGGCUUGCCAGUCUUACUUCGGCUGCGUUCAAUGCAUUAGCGGGCCUUUAGGAAUGUACCGGAACUCCCUUCUGCAUGAGUUCCUUGAGGACUGGUACAAUCAGACCUUCAUGGGAUCCCACUGCAGUUUUGGAGAUGACCGCCAUCUCACGAACAGAGUUCUCAGCCUCGGGUAUGCAACCAAAUACACUGCACGGUCAAAGUGCCUGACAGAGACACCAAUCACAUAUCUGCGGUGGCUCAAUCAGCAGACUAGAUGGAGUAAGUCAUAUUUCAGAGAAUGGCUCUACAACUCCAUGUGGUUCCAUAAACACCAUCUAUGGAUGACUUAUGAGGCUGUGAUCACUGGCUUCUUCCCAUUUUUUCUCAUCGCCACUGCGAUCCAACUCUUCUACCAAGGAAGGCUCUGGAAUAUUCUCUUGUUUCUACUCAUUGUGCAAGCAGUGGCACUGAUUAAGUCAUCAUUUGCUAGCUGCCUCAGAGGUAACAUUGUCAUGGUGUUCAUGUCAUUCUAUUCUGUACUGUAUAUGUCUAGCCUGUUGCCAGCCAAAAUGUUUGCAAUAGCAACAAUCAACAAGUCCGGAUGGGGGACCUCUGGGAGGAAGACAAUAGUGGUGAACUUCCUCGGUCUGAUUCCAAUAUCUGUAUGGUUCACCAUCCUUUUCAUUGGGAUUAUAUACACAGUAAUACAACAGACUAGAAAACCCUUCCCCGAAACAGAAAUCAUUAUUCUGAUAAUAGGGGCGGUGGUCUAUGCAAGUUACUGGGUCAUACUAUUGACAUUAUAUGCAGUGCUCAUAAGUAAAUGUGGGAAACGGAAGAAGGAAACACACUAUGAUAUGGUGCUGGAUGUGUGACUUCCAGACUGCAGUCCUCAUUUACCACUGAAACCUUGAGUUGCUUUCACACACCAUCUUGUUGCUAUACAAGUGUUUCUUAGUUACAGAGCAGCUCUGGAGGCAAAGUGAGAUCAACUAAAAUGAACAAA